GUCAAAUGGGUGUUUUGCACUCAUGGAAAUAAUGCUGACUCAUUAGUCCCACCAUCACGUGAAAUCAAUCAACGAAAUGAAUAGCCAAUGGGGAAGCACGGACUGUGCGUCGCACAUGCACCCAAAUGUAACAGUGAGCAUUCAUUCUGUCGAAAUCAGCGUAGGCUAGGUGAUCAGGUCGUUUAUGGUUUUAUGCGUGCCAAGUAACUUUUGUGUCGGCACGUAGGCUAAUAUGGACACCCAUGUACACAACAAUCAUGAACAUGACUAUGAACAUUUCGACACAAAAGGUAGUGGCAGUAGGCCUAAUGUCUUUAACGAGGACGUCGGUGCGCAAAAGACUUCUGUGGAGAUGGGCACCCAUCUUCAUGUUGGAGGAGAGGAAAGUAGGCCUAGUAUUUUCGAAAUGCUUGGUUCGGUUGGUAUUGGAGCAGCCCUGAGAUCUGUCGCCGACACGGCUACUUCGAGUUUGGGGAAAGGUGCGUUAAUCACUCCUGGGCACCAGCUGUUCUCAAGCCCACAGCCACUGGCAGAAAGUCCUGCUGUCUCACCAUCACCUCACCACCUGGAAGAUAAGAGCACGUGCAGUGACUUGGAGGAGGUGGAAGAUGAGGUGUUGUUGAAUGAGGACUUUGGAUCCAAUUUAUUUCAUAACGUUCCCCUCUACCAGGAGUACCUUCUGAAGUCUAUGAAGGCUGAUAUUCAAAGAGUGCAUCAGACUGGUCUCUCUGACUUGGUGGCCUCCCAACAAUGGCUACCCGGUCUGGAGUGCCCAGCUCAACCUGGCUUGGCAAGAUCAGCCAGGCUCUCGCUGUCUCCAACUCCUGCUGUCCUCAAAGAUAGGGGUGCCUACUCUCUGUGGCAGGAGCUUAGUGUGGUUAAAGAGCAAGGCCUUCUUGGAUUGCUCACUGCAAAGGAGGUCAGACGACAGGAGACCAUGUUUGAACUACUGACCUCCGAAGCCUCCUAUCUGAAGAGCCUGAGGGUUGCAGUCAAUCAUUUCCAGUGCUCCAAGACACUUCAAAAAACCCUGUCCUCUCUGGAGCAUCACAUCCUUUUCUCCAACCUCCGUGGGGUCUGUGGGGUUAGUGAGAGCUUUUUGCUCGAUCUGGAGCGUCACCUUCAGGAGAGUGUGGUCAUGUCAAAAGUCGGGGACAUUGUGUUGCAUCACAGAAUGAAACUCCAUGCAGUCUACGUGCCUUAUGUGACUAACCUGAUGUAUCAAGAGGACCUGAUGUCCAAACUACAGAAGAAGCACAGGUUUUCACAUGUUCUGCACAAACUGGAGAGGGAUGCAAAGUGUCAGAGGCAAACCCUGAAGUCCUUCCUGGUUCUUCCCUUCCAGAGAAUCACCAGAAUAAAGCUCAUUUUAGAGGCAACCUUGAAGCUGACCGAUCCAGAUGAUUCAUGUUUUGGGCCUUUAUCAGAAGCCAUUGAUGUCCUGCAUCAGAUUGUGAGCGAGUGUAAUAAAAAGGUACUGUGCAUGAAGCAAACAGAGGAACUGGUGCACUUGGAGAAGCUGCUAGAUUUUGGUCAAAUGAAGGCCAUUCCUUUGACCAAACCGGGGCGCUACCUGGUUCGUGAGGGCCGGCUGAGGCAAACAGACGUGAGGGUCUGUGCCAUAGCAGGGUCCACAGUGUCUUUCUCAGACGUCUAUUUGCAUCUCUUCAAUGAUCUGCUACUCCUCUCCGUAGAAAGGGAAAGUAAUUUCAGUGUGCAAGAAUAUGCUUGGUUCCCUUGCAACGUGCACGCAGAGGACAUAAAAGCAAACAUCCUUGGCCAACCAAAAGAAUGCUUUCUGCUCCACUUGACUCCGAGCCACAAGUCCACAACCCUUAUUCUGGUGGCCAACACAUGUACUGAGAGGGAUCUGUGGGUGAAUGCACUCAAUUCACACAGAUGAACAGCCGCUGCAGAUGUGAUUUCUGAAGUAAAGAAAGUGGCGACCACUUUUGAGAGGAAACCUUUGUUUCUGUUUUAUUUUAUUUUACGAUAUUGUGAAUCAAUAAAUUUCGUUAAUAAAGACUAUUUGUGUCUGUCUUAA